AUGAAUAAUAUAUAAAAAUAUAUACAAACAGAAAAAAAAAAAAAAUUAAAAUUUUAUUAAAUAAAAAGAAUUUUUUAGAAAUUUCUCUUUAAAUUUGAAUGCAAGAUAUGUUUUUUUUUUAUACCAAAUGUAAAAUUAAAAGUUAAUAUUUUUUUUUUUUAUCUCAAAAUAAAAAUCAGAAAAAUAAAAAUAUAAUAAUAAUAAAAAAAAGAUCUAAAAAAAUAAAAAAACAACAACAAAAAUAAAAAUGUUUUCAAAACUUAUUUCUAAAAAACUUGUACCUCAAGGAGUCUUUAGACAAUUUGCGUACCAAAAUACUCCCAAAAAAUAAAAAUAUUUAUCAAAAAAUAAUAAAAUAGGACUAUAGGAGAUCCCAUUAUUGGUAUUGACUUAGGAACAACAAACUCUUGUGUGUCUGUAAUGGAAGGAUCAACUCCAAAAGUAAUUGAAAAUUCUGAAGGUCAAAGAACAACUCCAUCAAUAGUUGCUUUUUAAGCUGAUGGUUCAAGAUUAGUCGGAUCUCCUGCAAAAAGACAAGCAAUUACAAAUCCUGAAAACACAUUCUAUGCUACCAAAAGAUUAAUCGGAAGAAAAUUUGAUGAUCCUAUGGUCCAAAAAGAUACUAAACAUUUAUCUUAUAAAGUAGUAAAGAACUCUAAUGGAGAUGCUUGGGUAUAAAGUGGAGCAAAGACCUUUUCUCCAUCUUAAAUUGGUUCAUUUGUCCUUACAAAAAUGAAAGAAACAGCCGAUUCUUACCUUGGUAAAGACAUUAAGAAUGCCGUAAUUACUGUCCCUGCUUAUUUCAAUGAUUAAUAAAGACAAGCAACAAAAGAUGCAGGACAAAUUGCAGGUUUAGUUGUAAAAAGAAUCAUUAACGAACCUACUGCAGCUGCUUUGGCUUAUGGCUUAGAAAAAAGCUCUAAUAAAGUUGUAGCUGUAUAUGAUUUGGGUGGUGGUACUUUCGAUAUAUCUAUUUUAGAACUAAGUGAUGGUGUUUUUGAAGUCAAAGCAACAAACGGAGAUACUUCUUGUGGUGGAGAAGACGUUGACGGUAUGAUUUCUGAAUACAUUAUUAAGGAAUUCAAGAACAUGAGCGGAGUUGAUAUCCAUAAAGAUAAAAUGGCUAUUUAAAGAGUCAGAGAAGCUGCUGAAAAAGCAAAAGUAGAACUUUCUUCAACAAAUACAACAGAAAUUAAUUUACCUUAUUUAACUGCUGAUGCUUCAGGUCCUAAACAUUGUAAUUUAUCAUUAACUAGAGCCAAAUUCGAAAGCAUUACAGGAGAAUUCUUAAAGAAAACAAUAAAACCUUGUGAAAUUUGCCUUAAAGAUUCUGGUUUAACAAAAGAAAAAAUUGAUGAAGUUAUUAUUGUUGGAGGUUCUACCCGUAUCCCUAUGGUCUAAAAAAUAGUCUAAGAUUUCUUUGGAAAGGUUCCUAAUAAGAGUGUUAACCCAGAUGAAGCUGUUGCCUGUGGUGCAGCAAUUUAAGGAGGUGUCCUUUAAGGAAGUGUAAAAGAUGUCAUUCUUUUAGAUGUUACCCCACUUACACUUGGUAUUGAAACCUACGGAGGUGUAAUGACUAAGAUGAUUGAAAGAAAUACAACAAUUCCAACAAAAAAAUCAUAAGUAUUCUCUACUGCAGCUGAUAACCAAACUGUAGUCUCAAUUAGAGUUUUCUAAGGAGAGAGACCUAUGGUUGCUCAAAAUAAAAUUUUAGGUUAAUUUGAUUUGGCUGAUAUUGCCCCUGCCCCUAAAGGUGUACCUUAAAUUGAAGUCACUUUCGAUAUCGAUCAAAGUGGUAUAGUCCAUGUUAGUGCUUUAGAUAAAGGAACUGGAAAAAAAUAAAACGUUGUUAUUUAAAGUUCUGGUGGUCUUUCUAAGACUUAAAUUGAUGAUAUGAUUAGAGAAGCUGAAAAUAAUAAAGAAGAAGAUUAAAAAAGAAGAGAACUUGUUGACCUUAAAAAUGAAGGAGAUUCUGCUGUACAUAGCACUGAAAAGUCCUUAAAUGAACACAAAAGUAAAUUAUCAGCUGACCUCGUCUAAGAAAUCGAAAAAGAAAUAUAAACUCUUAAAAACACACUUGCUAAUAAUCCUGGUACUGAUUAAGUUUCUGAACUUAAAUAAUAAGUAGAAAAUGUUAGAAAUGCUGCAAUGAAAAUCGGUUAAGCUAUCUAUAGUGGAUAAUCUAAUUAAGAAUCUACUAACACUAAUUAAGAUUAGUAAUAAUAACAAGAAAAUUAAGAAUAAUAAGAUGGCGAUAAGAAAUAAUGA